AUGAACAAUUUUCCGCCUCUGAGCAGGCACAUUCGAGCUCACCAUCUCCUUCGCAAUUUUCCCGAGCGUCGUCCUAUCGAGGCCGCGAGUAUACCCUUUAUGACGCGGUCGCCGGUAUCUACACUCCACUCCUCGUUUCGUACUCGCUCAAGCAUCCUAACUCGGCUACUAGGUCAGGUAUCUCUAAAUGAACGCGUCCAGCCACAUGGCGGCAGCAGCCGUCGCAGCAAUCGACCUGGCUCAGGAAACCUCACCUCCCGCACCUACAGGCUUGCCCCAGAAGAGGUUCUAUUUCGGCGGCACAACGCCCCGACUCGAUAUGCCGAGCAUGAUAUCUACUGGGCCCACGAGGAUUUGCUGCCGUCACAGCAACUACCCGACAGUGCCCUGCUGAGAUCUGUUCACUGUUACGCAAGUAAAUUCUACGACUACACUGCCUUGGAUUCUUCCCACCUCCACUCCCAGCUCCCCAAGGAUGGAUCACCUUCUCUUCCAAGCCAGACACAACCACACUCGGAGUUUUUCCAAAAGAAAGCAAACACAGACCUCCGGAGCCUAGAUGAGACGGCCCUCCUGGCUUUUGGCGUCCUCCUUGAAGAAGCCAGCCGUGAAGUGCUAGGGAAGCGGGGCGACUUGGUGUUUACCGAGGCAGAGGGAUAUCAGCCUCCCCAAGCCCCUUCUCAAGCAGCUGGAGCAACGCCAGCAACCACGGCCGCCACCCUGGUGCCAUCAUCAACAGGGGGAACCGAAGAGGGAAAGGCAAAUGGCGGUGGGGCCCUGGAUACUGAUGUCUCACACGGUGAAGGAGGCCCAAAAAAACGAAGGAAAGUGGCGAGAAGACGCAAAAAACGCCCUGACGAUGGUCCUGACAGACUGGACUGA